AUGAGCGGAUCGCAGGCCGAACUGGUCGCCUUUGUCCGAUCAUGGGCGGUGCGGCCUGAUGUUUGCGUAACGCAGCUGAGGUGGCAGGGCGGCUUUGGCGCAUCGGCGCGACGCGGGUGGUUACAACCCGCCUUGGGUCAGCAGUCGUCGGCGUCGCCGCGUCGAUAUUAUGAUUGCCGACCGGCGUUUGCCGAGGUCAACCUGCUGGCUGAAGCUGGAUGCGCCGACUUUGCGGAAAGCGGGUGGGGGCGACCCCAUGUAUUUGAUCCACCGCGUGUCGAAACGGUCAAUAAGCCGGGCGAUGGGCAUCCGUGGCGGCGUUUCAAAGGCGGAGGGGCGCCUGGCUCGCCACCUCCCUGGGGAGGACAAGCGCCCGCUCGAUCGCAUCGGAGUCAUUCUGACCGUCAUGGCGAGCGGAUCCGAGCUAUCGCCGUGAGGAUGGGAUAUUAUAAUCUGCUUCUGUUGGCUUGCCGAGACGUUGCGUUUCGGCACGCCCAGCCUCCGUGCAUCAGGCCGAAUGCCCGCACGCCUGACACUCCCGCGAUGACGGCGAUCGCCCAUCACCCGCGACGAACCCUCAAUCCGCAACGACGAUCUGCCUGUCGCAGGCCACAUCAGUGCGGCGGAUCAGCGCAUAGUCGCCGUCAAUAUACCAGCCCUCGACCAUCGAAUCGCCUGACUUCAGCGCAUAAUGCUCACCCGAUCCCAGUAGUGCGGCGGGCACGGCGAGCAUCGAGUUGCCCUCGAACGCCUCGUCAGCUUACCGGCGGCGAUGCGGCCAUGCAGCGGAUUUCCACCACGUCGUUGGCGGGCUCCCCACGGUGCGGGCCGAAGGGUUACGGACAUUGCCGGCCGUCGCCGCCAGGGGCGCUGGCCGGCUUUUCCGGCGGUCCGGCAUCCGCAACACCUCCAGCGCACGGGCGCAGUUGA